AUGUCCAGCAGUGGUUUUUUUUUUGGUGUGGUAUGCUGCCUCUUCAUGCUUAUCGGCCAUGAGUUUCCCGCGCAAACCGCGUCACCCCGAAGCAGGGGUCCGCACAUGGCCACCUGCUCCAUUUCCCGAUGCCUGCUGGUGGACAGGCGGGCAGAGGUACGAUGUCGCCUAGUAUGCUAUCAGAUCUGCACCGCAUACCACAAUUCGCCAGCGCCAGUGUUGCAAUGGUGA